AUGGCCCCGCAACAGUUCCCGCCCGCCUCUGGCUACCUCCCUCAUGGCGCUUCAUCCUCGCGCACUCCUGCAGCAGCGUACGGCAGCGUCCGCCGCCCGCUGGCGCAGGGAGGCACCAAGCGCCCUCCACGGUCGCCCAGUGAGAUGGGGGCAGCAGGGCCCCUACCUCUCGCUAAUAGUGCCAACCUCCUCCUGCAUCAUGUGACAGGCACGCCAUGUGAGCCAAACUUCUUCCUUGCUAAGCGCUCAUUAUAA